AUGGAAGCUGGGGAGGAUUGUUGUGUCAAAGUUGCGGUUCAUGUUCGGCCGUUAAUCAAUGAUGAGAAGGUUCAGGGGUGUAAAGAUUGUGUAACUGUUGUUUCUGGGAAGCCUCAGGUACAAAUUGGCGCUCAUUCCUUUACAUUUGAUCAUGUUUAUGGGAGUACUGGUUCUCCCUCAUCUGCCAUGUUUGAUGAAUGUGUUGCUUCCCUUGUUGGAGGUCUGUUCCAAGGGUAUAAUGCCACGGUUCUCGCGUAUGGUCAGACAGGUUCUGGGAAAACAUACACAAUGGGCACUGGCUCUAAAGAUUAUUAUCAAACAGGAAUAGUACCCCAAGUUAUGAGUGUUUUGUUUAGUAAAAUCGAGACCUUAAAGCAUCAAAUCGAAUUUCAGCUGCAUGUUUCCUUUAUCGAGAUUCUUAAAGAAGAAGUAAGAGAUUUGCUGGACCCGUCCUCUAUGAGCAAACCAGAAACUGCAAAUGGACAUGCAGGGAAAGCGCCUAUUCCUGAACAAGGAUCGCUAAGUAGAGCAACUGGGAGCACAAAUAUGAACAACCAAUCCAGUCGUUCACAUGCCAUCUUCACCAUCACAUUAGAGCAGAUGCGGAAGCUCAACAAUCCUAGUGAGAUUGGUUUAAAUGAUACUAUGAACGAAGAGUAUCUUUGUGCCAAGUUGCACUUAGUAGACCUUGCUGGAUCAGAACGAGCUAAACGAACAGGGUCUGAUGGUUUGCGUUUUAAAGAAGGAGUUCACAUUAACAAAGGCCUACUAGCACUUGGCAAUGUGAUUAGUGCACUUGGUGAUGAAAAAAAGAGAAAAGAAGGCGCUCAUGUUCCUUAUAGGGAUAGUAAACUUACUAGGCUUUUACAGGAUUCACUUGGUGGUAACAGCAGAACUGUUAUGAUAGCUUGCAUAAGUCCUGCCGAUAUCAAUGCUGAGGAAACCCUUAACACUUUGAAGUAUGCAAAUCGUGCACGCAAUAUCCAAAAUAAGCCUGUUGUCAAUAGAGAUCCAAUGUCCAAUGAGAUGCUUAAAAUGCGACAACAACUAGAGCAUUUGCAAGCAGAACUUUGUACUCGUUCUGGUGGCUCGUCCAAGGAGGUUCAGGUCCUCAAGGAAAGAAUUUCUUGGCUUGAAGCAGCUAAUGAAGAUCUUUGCCGUGAACUUCAUGAAUAUCGUAGCAGAUGCUCGGUUGUGGCACAAAGUGAAAAGGAUGCUUAUGACGGUAGCAUGUGCAAUGUAAAGACAGAUGGGCUUAAAAGGGGCUUACCGAUCACAACUCUUGAUUAUCCAAUGAGUGAAACAACGGGGGAUUCAAGGGAAAUUGAAGAAGUUGCUAAAGAAUGGGAGCAUACACUUCUACAAAAUAGUAUGGACAGAGAGUUACACGAAUUGAACAAACGCUUGGAGCAGAAAGAGUCUGAGAUGAAGCUAUUUGGAUCAUCGGAUGCUGAAACACUCAAGCAGCACUUUGGAAGGAAGAUCGUGGAACUUGAGGAUGAGAAGAGAACUGUCCAGCAAGAUAGGGAUCGUCUUUUAGCUGAAGUUGAAAAUCUUGCUGCCGGUUCCGAUGGACAAACACACAGGUCAGAUGAUAUCCAUGCCCAAAAAUUGAAAGCACUUGAAGCUCAGAUUCUGGACCUCAAGAAGAAACAGGAGAGCCAGGUUCAGCUUCUAAAGCAAAAGCAAAAAAGUGAUGAAGCAACGAAGCGCUUGCAAGAUGAAAUACAAUCUAUCAAAGCCCAAAAGGUUCAAUUGCAACAAAAAAUAAAACAAGAAGCAGAACAGUUUCGGCAGUGGAAAGCCUCUAGAGAGAAAGAGCUGCUUCAAUUAAAGAAGGAAGGAAGAAGAAACGAGUUUGAAAGGCAUAAGCUGCAAGCUCUAAAUCAGCGCCAGAAAAUGGUCCUUCAGCGAAAGACUGAGGAAGCUGCAAUGGCCACCAAGAGGUUAAAGGAAUUGUUAGAAGCUCGUAAGUCUUGCAGCCGAGACACUUCAGUUAACGGGAGUGGAGCAAAUAAACAGAGUAAUGAAAAAUCCUUGCAACGGUGGCUUGAUCACGAGCUAGAAGUCAUGGUAAAAGAGCAUGAAGUUCGUUUUGAAUAUGAGAAGCAGAGCCAAGUGCGAGCUGCUCUUGGAGAGGAGCUAGCGAUGCUGAAACAAGUAAACGAAUUUGCUGCUAAUGGUCUCAGUCCUCCAAGGGGGAAGAACGGAUUUGCUAGAGCAUUCUCCAUGUCACUGAAUGCAAGAAUGGCCAGAAUAGCUUCACUGGAGAACAUGCUGAGCAUAUCAUCUAAUUCACUUGUGGCAAUGGCUUCUCAACUAUCUGAAGCAGAAGAACGAGACAGGGCCUUCAGUAACCGUGGACACUGGAACCAGUUGCGCUCAAUGGGAGAAGCCAAGGUUUUGCUUCAAUAUAUGUUUAAUUCUCUUGCAGACACGAGGUGUCAACUGUGGGAGAAAGAUAUGGAGAUAAGAGAAAUGAAAGAUCAAAUCAGGGAACUUGUAGGUCUAUUACGGCAAAGUGAGAUCAAGAGAAAGGAAGUUGAGAAGGAACUAAAAGUGAGAGAGCAAGAUGUUGCAACCACAUUGGCCAAGCCAGCUUCCGGAAACCCCCCAAAUUCACUGAAGCACUAUGUUGAAGACAUCAAGGAACCUUUAUCUCCUGAGUCUGUGCCGGCAUCGAAACAGCUCAAAUAUACACCAGGCAUUGCUAAUGGUCAAACGAGGGAAUCAGCGGCAUUCAUAGAUCAAAGUAGAAGGAUGGUACCCAUUGGGCAACUGUCAAUGAAAAAGCUAGCAAUUGUCGGACAGGCUUCUGGCAAGCUAUGGAGGUGGAAAAGGAGCCAUCAUCGGUGGCUACUACAAUUCAAAUGGAAGUGGCAGAAGCCGUGGAGACUUUCUGAGCGAAUUCGACACAGUGAUGAAACAAUCAUGAGAUCAAAGCCACGUUCACAGGCUUUGCCUCAGAUGAUGUGA